UGCGUAUGUGGGCUUCUGGGAGCGCUCGAACCAACGGCUUUCAUCCGUCAUGCUCCGUACCAUUGCAGUUAGCAAUCUCCCAUUUCGUUUCCGGUUUGAAGCAACAUCGCGUCGUCGCUGGCUGCGAUAUUGUUUCUGUCUCGCAGAUCAGACCGGCUAAAUUGCGUUCGACGCGCAAAGUGCAAGAACGACGACGCCGCUGCGUCAAACUGAUCUACGCCGACACCUAAAUUAAGUUGAAAUAUUCAGAAGAUUGUUUUGAAAUUGGAGAACAUUUGAGACUGAGUAUUGGGUGGUUAAAAAUGGCUUCUCUGAUCGGAAAAUAUCGGCAACAGUACUACAAAUCUAUUGGAGUACAUUAUGUUGCUAGUAAACUUAUGUCUAUGACAAGUCCUAAACUUCAAAUUGAAAAAAAUGAUGAAAACAAGUGGACCAUUCAAACCAGAACGGCUUUAUGUAUAGUAGAAUUAACAUUUAAAAUGGGAGAGGAAUUUCAAGAAAUAAUGAUGCCUAAUGUGGUACUAAAGAAUGUAGCAAGCUUGGAUGAAGAUGGAAGUAUUGUGAUAAAUUCGCAAUCAGGCGAUAUGAAAGUUAUUAGAAAGUAUGAACUCAAAGAUGAACAACUUAUUUUGAGUAUGACUCAUGAGCAGAGUGGACAAGUUUGCAAGCGUUACUUCAAAAAACUUUCUUAAAAAUCCAAGUCGCUUUGCUUCUUAUUAUUAAUAAUUAUUUGCUUCUCAUGCGCAAACAGGAUUGAUCUUGUAAGAUCAGUGAUUACUACAUUUAUAAUAGAUAUAUAUUAUUAAGCAUUGCUUAAAAACUCAUUUAAAAAAAAGUACUUUAUAAAAUGUGUUAGAUUUUGUAACUUUUAGCUUUUUAGCUUUAA